AUGGUUAGAAGGUAUUUCGACUUCGGUGCCACGACCCAUCGCUUCUUGCACCGGCCUACGAUUCAGUCUUGGCUGGAGGAGUUGUAUGAGACGAAUGGCUUUAUGCUCUACAAGGAGUCGGCAAGAAGUCAAACUGCACUUCUAUUCAUGGUCUUUGCGCACUCGAACAGUUACCAAAAACACCAACUCUCCUUGGAGAAGGGUGAGAUCAGACUGGUUCAUAUCCAAGCGCGGCUAGCACAGUGCUUCUACCUACUAGCACAAUCAAGGCUUAACCACUGCUGGACGCUUUUUGGUAUUACAGCACAAUUGGCCAUGGCACUUGGUAUUCAUAGAAGAUCCCGAGUGGCUCGCAACCCGUCUGAUUGUCCAGACUAUAUUGACUCGGAGUGUCGAAAACGUACUUUCUGGUGUGCGUACAGUCUUAACACCUAUCUCAGCGCUGCUUUGGGACGUCCAAUGACUUUCCAUGACGAAGACAUUGAUCAAAAAUUGCCGCUUUCCGUUGUCGAUGAUAAGCUAUGCCCAGGAUGUGGGAUGAAUUCAACAGAAAGUGGUCUUCCGAUAACAUCAGCUCCAGUUGCGCAAAUCAAGCUCUCGAGGAUAGUAGCCCGGGUUCUACGAAGCCUUUAUGGCAUCAAAUCUAUUUCAACUGAGGAGCACCUCACACUUGCUGCAAGGUUCGAUGAAGACUUGUCCGAAUGGCGAGAGCCAAUUUCCUACCUUCUUGACACGGUCGGAUCUUCAACCUUAUUUGUCAAGCUGGUUCUUAGGCAACGCGACCUUCUCCAGCUCGCCUUUUGGCACGCCCAGAUACUUGUUCACAGACCACUCCUCAUCAAUUCCAUCAAUAGCUUCUCUGGACAUGUUCAAGAAAAUGGCAGUGGGCGGUUGAGGUAUGAGGAGAUUCGAAAAAAUAUUCAGCGUUGCGUGGACGCCGCCACAGAGAUCGCGAAGCACAUCAACCACAUCAACGAUGCCGGCGAGCUCUACAGUACGUUGUUUUUCAUCCCGUACUACGGAUUUUGUGCAGUAGUUAUACUCUACGUUUUUGCAAUCCAGCGACGUACCGAGGCACCAGAGACCUAUCUGGAUUGUUUCCAAUUGCGCCUCGAGGUCCUGCGGAACAAUACUUAUCUCGCGUCUGUCUCAACUCCUUUAGCUGGAAAUUGUUCGACAUCAAAUGAGAACAACGAGAUCCUUCCUGUAUCAUACCGGAGGUCUCAAUUAAGCCCCGAGAUUGGUACCAGCGGCUCGCGACUUGCUGUUGAACAAGCUGCCGAAGGCGCGCCCCAAGGUGCGAUCGAUUUUUUCCAUGCUUUUGAUGUCGGAUUUUUCAACAUGACAAACUGGGCGCAAUUCGAUUCACUGGUUACAGGUGGGACUGGAAAUCUUGAUGCGUUCGUUCACGACGACUCCGCCGAUCUUUGGGACCAGGGCAGCGACGUAAGGCUCAAUCCCUGA